CUCUGAAAGAAAAAGGACGAAAACUAAACGAAAACAUCCCCUCAGAUUCUAUGCUUCGAGGCACCGGGGCUACAUUUUAUUUUACAUCAGAUCAGAGAAGACGCUCUGCUCACCAUGACAUCAAGCUGCUGGGGGCCGUAGUGCCUGUGGACUCUUACACCAGCCAGCCACUUUAUUUAUUUAUUUUUUUUUGUACAUCUGAUGAAAGCGGCCAUCAGUUACGUUUCCCAUUAGUGUGCCAUGAUGCGUUUUUAGAAGAGGGGCUCUCAGCUGUUGUCUUCGAGGGCCUACAGGGGUCUACCGGCUUCCGUUUUUUACUUUAAAAUCAGCAGCCAAUCGGAAAGCUUCAACAGCAAAAUCAGCAGCCAAUCGGAAACCAAAGAAUCUUGUGGAGACAGCAGAUGACUGCAGCAUCCCAGGAUGAGGCCAGAAGAUUUCUGUCUGUUUCCAGAAAAGUGAAGGGGGGAGGGGUCUUGCACUUCGUAAGAAGCAGGCUGAUGACUGCUCCACUGCACACGCUGGUGAUGAAGAUCAUCAUCGUCAUCGGCACGUGCGGGGUAGCACUCAGCCUCUUCCUACUGGACCAGAGCGUAAGGGGCGGGACCCUGAAGCAGCAGCAGAACAUCACCGUCCUGCUCUGGCACUGGCCCUUCAGCCGGGCCUACAGCCUGCAGGGGGACGUGUGCCGCGACGCGUACGGCGUCCCCGGGUGCGUCCUGACGGACAGCCGCGCCUCUUUCCCCGAUGCCGACGUGGUGGUCUUCCACCACCACGAGCUGAAGUACAAGCGGUCGAGCCUGCCCCUGCACCUGCCCCGCCCGCCCGCCCAGAAGUGGAUCUGGCUCUCCCUGGAGCCUCCGGCCAACAACGGGCCGCUCUCGGCCUACGACGGCGUCUUCAACUGGACCAUGUCGUACCGCCGAGACGCCGACGUCCCCGUUCCCUACGGCAGGCUGGUGCCGAGGGCCACCGCCUCGGCUGCCGCUGGCAACGAGGACGACGCCGACUACGUCGUCCCCGGCAACAAGACCCACCUGGUGUGCUGGGUGGUGAGCAACUACAAGUCCCGGCACGAGAGGAGCAAGGUGUACCAGCGUCUGAAGCAGGUGGUGAAGGUGCAGGUGUACGGGCGCUGGGCGCGAAGGCCCCUGAGCGACCGCGACCUGCUCCCCGCCAUCUCCCGCUGCCACUUCUACCUGGCCUUCGAGAACUCGCAGUCCGCCGACUACGUCACCGAGAAGCUCUGGCGGAACUCCUUCCAGGCGGGCGCCGUGCCCGUCGUCCUGGGCCCGCCCCGCAGGAACUACGAGGCCCUGGCGCCCGCCGGCUCCUUCGUCCACGUCGACGAUUUCAAAUCCGUGGAGGAGAUGGCGCAGUUCCUGCGGCGGCUGGCCGCGGACGGCCGGCGCUACGCCUCCUACUUCGCCUGGCGCCGGCGCCACGAGGUCAAGCUGUACACCGACUGGAGGGAGAGGCUGUGCCAGAUCUGCCGUCACUACCACAGCCUGGAUCCGCGCAAGGUGUACCAGGACCUGGACAGCUGGGCCAAUGGGCAGAUCGUCAGCUGAGAGAAGCCACCAUUUGGACGAUGUGGAACAGCGGUCGAUUCGCGCUGCUCUCUGGGAGCACAGAGAACGAGGGGAUGAGUCACAGGCGUUUCCCUUGGCUUGCUGCUGCUCCUCUUCGGCUGCAGUUGGACAUCCUCAUCCUCAGAGUAACGAGCACUGGGACCGCAGUCAUGUGUGAGGGCGAGAGCCGUUCAGAGCGGUUCAAAGGAAGGGCGGAAAAUGCGAGUUAUUCCUCUGUGAACGCGAUCAGAACGCGUUAUAAAAAAAAACAUUAACAUUUCAGUGACUUUACGAUCAUAUACUUCAAGGUUUUGGAAUUUUACCAUCGCUGUUUUUGGCAGCGUUUCAAGCAUUGCCUCAACGAAUCAUCGGUGACCCAGAAAUCGAAUGCUUAGUAACAUCUGGGAGAGAGAUCAAGAUUUCACAAUUGCUCGAGGACACAACGUUGCUCGUGAAAAGCAAACUGCAGCUUGCGAAAAGCACUUGAUACAAUUGUCUCAUUUCCUUUUUUUCCUACGUUGUGCAAUAUUCCCGUUAAGGAUAAUGUUUAUAUCUGGGUAUGCAUCUAUAUAAAAAAAAGGGCUGUAAUUCCUACAUGGUUCACCCAAUAAGGAUGAAUACAUAAAAAUGACAGCUGACUGCAUGCACUUUAACCUCAUAUUCAUGGUGUCAUUUCAAAUACAAUAAACUGGAGCACAAAGUCAAAACAAAAAUUGUGUCACUGUCCAAAUACUUAUGGACUGCAUUCAUAAGAGGUUUUUCCUCUCUGUACAAGAGGUCAUGUCGAGAGAAAUUAGAGGGAAAUAGAUUGGGGGGGAAAGCAUGGUUACUUCUGUAUACAGUUUGGUUACCGAAGAGAGAGAUCCACACAAAAGCACUUGUUGCAUAUAUAUCAGAGUUUACAGAUAAGAAUCGUUCUUUUUGCAAAAAUAACCAGGAGUCACGAUCACCCUUUUUAUGAAUGUAGUUUGGUUUCUGAUUUGAGAUGAUUGUUACAAAUUUCAGAAAAUUCUGAACAUAACUUCACCUUGAAUAUGAGAUUAAAAUAAAAAUGUGAAAAAGAUCAAAAAGAAACUUGAACUUGUAACAAAAUGGUAAAUAGUUAACGGUAAAUUUCACAGACAAAUUUUGUAAAUCCUCAGGUUUAAAUCCUUUACUUAUGAAUUUAAA